AUGAGUUCCGGCGUCAGACUGCGUUUUUGCCGGCUUCCGGGUCGUUUUUUCUCGCUGAGAAGCAUAGUAUUACAGGAAUCUCGUCCGAAAAUAUCCAGCGAUGCUAAAAAGUCCACUUCCACCACUCUUCCAAUUCCUUCGAUUUUAUCAUCCACCACUUUGCGGAGCCCAGAACUAAGCCGAGUACGUACUGUUCCCACACUCAAAACCUUUUACGGAGGUAACCCCGUCCAUGAGCAGAACAUAAACCAAUUGAACGCUUUGAUCAGAAAACACAUCAACUUACCCACCAGAGUUAUCGACGACAAAGAAUUGCAAGCCAACCGGUUUUUAUCCUUUGAGGAAUACGCCCAGAGAGUCCAAGCUGGUACCCGACUCAAGCCCAUCCACCACAAGGAGUUGACACAACUUUUGCACAGAUUACGGAGCAUAGAUCUCGAGUUGAUGCCGCGGGAAGUCAGUGAAACUUUGACAAAUUACAGCAGUAAUUCCAGUGUAGUCGCCAAGGUUGCACAGAAAAUGAAGACUUUGGAUCAGUUUGGACGCGCUGUGACCGUGGGAAGAAGAAAGAGAUCGGUAGCAAAAGUCUCCAUGGUUAGAGGUGAAGGUGAGGUGCUUGUCAAUGGAAGAUCGCUCAACGAAUAUUUCCCUAAAGCUUCUGAUAGAAAGAAAAUUGCAUACCCAUUCCAGGUUGUUGCCCAGGAAGCCAAGUACAAUGUUUUUGCCGAGGUCAGUGGUGGAGGAUUGACGGGCCAAAUUGACGCUAUAAUGUACGGUAUUGCCAAAGGAUUGGUAAUUUUCAACCCAUUAUUCAAGUCCCGGUUGCACAAGGCUGGCUUGAUGACCAGAGACACCAGAAAGGUCGAAAGAAAGAAACCAGGUAAGGUCAAGGCUAGAAAGUCGCCAACCUGGGUCAAGCGUUAG